UGAAAAACUAAACGUACCACAUGAAAAAUGUAGGCAUAGAUUUCUUAGAUGACAUACGUUCUCCUUAUGUCGUAAGUUGCGUUGUUAACCUCAUUGAUGUGAUUGUCGUUUGCGCAUGCUCAGCGUCAUAACCAAUGAGAUUCCCGGAAUCGAGCAGAUCCUUAUAUCACUGUCUUUCACGAAGUACGUCCUAGGCAAAAAGCAAUAUGGCGGCUUUCAACAAGCUUGUGGUGAAAAGUUAUCCGAGAAUUGCCAGUCGAGAAACAAGUGAUACGAAAUUUUGGAAUAAAUACAGUGUAAGUAGAAGAUUUAGAAUUUUUUUAUUCCUGGAGUAAACUGCUUUUGAAGUAAUAUAAAAUAUGUGUAUUAAAGAAGUUGUAUUUAAAAAUUAGGUUUUAGUAAAAACGUGGACAGACCAAGGACAGUGGUCACAGAAGGCGUUAUCACAUGUAUUCAUUCAUCCUAAACUAGAUUUCAGUGUUUAACUGCUCUGUCUGAGACAAUUAUUAUGCCUGUAUAUAUACAAUAUUAGAACUGACUCUGGCCAACCCUAUAAACCCAUGCCAAAUCUGGCCAACCCUAACCCAUGCUAAACUUGGCCAACCUUAACCCAUGCUAAACUUAGCCAACCCUAACCCAUGCUAAACCUGACUAACCCUAACCCAUGCUAAACCUGGUCAACCCUAACCCAUGCCAAAUCUGGCCAACCCUAACCCAUGCUAAAUCUGGUCAACCCUAACCCAUGCUAAACCUGGUCAACCCUAACCCAUGUUAAACCUGGCUGACCCUAACCCAUGUUAAACCUGGCUGACCCUAACACAUGCCAAACGUUUGGAAAUGCAGAGCACCGGAGAUUUUGAAAAAUAUUUAAUAGUAAAUAUAUAAGAAAGCAUCAAAAUUGCACGCCUGAUAUUGCCGUGUGAUACAAACUUCCACACUGGGCUGGCCUUAACCUAUGCUGACCCUAAACCUGCCUUGUCCUAAUCAAUCAGUUAAUAACUUGUUGACAAGGAGUCGAAAUAUGCCUUUUUGAUAAUUACGUCACAAUUCUCUUCUCUUUAGUUUCCAAUAACAGUGAAAGAAUCUUCCAGCAUUAACUAUAUAAACUUCAGUCCAAGCCAACCACAUGACUUUGCUGUGACAAGUGCAAAUAAGGUAGCUUUUUGUUUAUAGUCAAUAGUAAUGUGAAGUUCUCCUUGUAUUUUUCAGGUAGUUGCAUCUCUACCAAUUAAUCAAGGGCAUCAGUCCUGGAGGGGGAGAGGACAUGCCCCUCACUUUUUAGACAUUCGUUAUAUAAUCUAUUAAUAAUAAAUUACGUCCAUUGAUUGGCUUUGUCCCCCCUACUUUUGGGAAUGAAAUCAAACAAGUAUGCAUGUAACUUUUAAAGCACACCACCCAAGACCACUUCUUAAUUUGUGCGUCAGGUUCAAAUCUAUAGUUCAACAACAAAUGAAGUGAAGAAAACACUGUCAAGAUUUAAAGAAACUGCUUACAGUGGUUGUUUCCGUGGUGACGGCAAACUUCUAGUUGCUGGAACUGAAGAUAAUUCUGUGAAGGUUAAUAUAAGUUUCAUAAAAAGUUUAUUGGGCAUUGGAUAUUUAAACGUUACUUGGUACAUUAUUUCCCAACUUCACUGAUGUUAAAAUUUGUAUGAUUUAGGUAUUUGAUGCAAAUAGCAGAGUUGUUCUCAGAGAAUUUUCAGGCCACACUCGGUAAGGCUGCAGCUCAUUGAAACAAGUAUGGGCAAGAAGGCUAGUUUCUAAUGACAUUUCCUGUGAAACUAUUAAGAGCCAAUGUUGCAUUUCACUUCAUUAAAUUAAUUAACUAACAUUUUCUGUCGCUAGAGCUGUCCACAGCACGCGGUUUUCUCUUGAUGGUCUGCAUGUCAUAUCUGCCUCAGAUGACUGCAGUGUACGCUUGUGGAAUCUUUCAGGAGAAAAUGAAAUAUUUGCAGUGACAGAACACAAGGUACAAUUGUCGCAUAUGAAAGUUUUUCCCAGAUAAUUGUAUGCUUCAAUUUAGCAAUGAUUGUGCAUGGGCCUUGAGUUGAUAUUAUUAAUAACUGAUUUGACUGUAUUAUUUAGGAUUACAUUCGUACAUCUGCGCUAAACAAUUCAAGCAAGGAUAUCUGGUUGACAGGUUGGUGUUUUUUUUUGCUAAGGCCUGUUUCAAAUGUCACGCUUCUCAUGUGCUUACUGCAUUAGAAACAACAGAUAAUGAGGCAUUUCAGCUGAUUAUCUAUUGUUUUUAAUGCGUUCGGCACAUGAGAAGCACAACGUUUGAAACAGGCCUAAGAUACGAGUGGAACUAAGACAAUUAGAGAUGUUUACGGCAGACCUCAAACUGCAAACUUCAAAUUGCAUUUAGUAAGUUCUACAUGUUUUUGACAGCCUCAAAAUAUGAUUCAAAGUUUGCUGUUCAUGGUUAACAGUCUGCUGUAAAGUCAAUCUUCAGGUCUCUAAUAAAUGCUUAAAGAUAGUUCAGACACCAGAUAUGGCAGCUUACUUAAUGACUGAACUUUCUUCAACUAUGGUGACUAAUUGUUUCAGGUUCAUAUGAUCAUACAGUAAAGAUGUGGGAUAGUCGUACUCAGACGAGUGUGAUGACAGUCAACCAUGGAUAUCCUGUAGAAGAUAUCUUGGUGUUUCCAUCUGGUGGUCUGUGUGCUUCCGCAGGUAAUAUUUGAUACACUGCAUCCUGGUGAAGUUUACUGUUAUCUGCUGCCCGUAAUGCUUACUGAAACUCGUCUGUAAACAGGUCCUUCAUUUCUCUUACAGGUCAUAACAUAGUUAAGAUUUGGGACAUCCUUGCUGGUGGACGAUUAGUUGCAGCAUUUUCCAAUCAUCAAAAGACUAUAACCAGUCUUUGUUUUGAUGGAGAAUCCACUCGACUGCUGUCAGCCUCUUUAGAUAGGUAUACAUACCAUGUUAAAUUGUCAUCAAUCAUCAAAAUCUAUUCAAAGGGAAAUCUAACUGAAGUCAUCAUUAAUAAAUUUGUAAAGUACUGCAGUAUUUGACGUGUUUUUUCUUUUUCAUUCAGACAUGUGAAGAUUUAUGAUGUAAAAGAUUACAAAGUUGUCCAUAGCAUGCACUAUCCAUCACCAAUUUUAUCUAUGGGAAUUUCUGUAAGUUCAGAGUGUUUUAUUGUUUGGUUUGCAAUUUUGUAAUAAUAUUGCAUUUAUCUUACAAGGAUUGCUCUUACUGGAAAACCAGAAAAGGUAGAGCUCUCCAGUAAAAUAUCAUAUGAUUCAUUUAAUUUCCAUAGCCUAAUGAUAAACAUAUCGUUGUUGGAAUGUCAGAUGGAUUGUUAUCUAUCAAACAUCGUACACAAAGUACAGAGGAAAGAGAGACUGCUGUGAAAUCAACACCCAGACCAGGCUCAUACAGAUAUUUUGUACGGGGAAAAAACCAGAAACCUGAACAGGUGAGUGAAUGGCCUGAUUUGCAAACCCUUUUUUGCAUAAACCACAACAAAAAACAUAGAUAAUGAUUAAUGAGGUGUCUUAUGUCUACAUCGCGAAAUGAAAGAGUGAACAUUGUUUAUUACUGUUCUAGGGUGAUUUUGUUGUGGAAAGUUCUCGAAAACCAAAACUAAGUGCACAUGAUAAAUUUCUAAAACAGUUUGAGUAUACAAAUGCUUUGGAUUCUGUACUUCAGGUGAGUAAAUGGGGUAGCGAGGAUGGUAGUUGAUGAUGGUGGUGGUGAUGAUGUUGAAGUGAGGGUGGUAGUAGUGAUGAUGGUGAUGAUGGUGCCAUCAUGGUGGUGGUGAUGAUGAUGAUGCUUUGGAUUCUGUACUUCAAGUGAGUAAUGAUGGUAGUGAGGGUUGUAGUAGUGAUGAUGGUGGUGAAGAUGGUGGUCGUGAUGGUGAUGAUGGAAAUGAUCAUGGUGAUGAUGAUGGUGUCAUGGUGAUGAUGAUCAUGGUGUUGAUAAUGUAAUGAGAUGGUGUUUGUUUUGUUUUACAAAAACUUGAUAAAACAAUGUGUGCUUUGUCAGGGUCGCACGAAUCCUCCGGUAGUGGUCAGUUUAAUAAUGGAACUCAUCCGAAGACAAGGGUUACAAAUUGCUUUGUCAGGGCGAGAUGAAGACUCUCUUCUGCCAAUAUUAAGCUUCCUAAACAAGUGAGUAUAGAUUUGGUUUUUUCUCCUGUGAUGAGUGAUGACCCUUAUUCGACCUCUAGCCACAGUUUAGAACAGGCUGAGCUAUCCAAUAUCAAUAAAGUUAUAUAGUUUCCUCCUGCAGUAACACUUAAUGAAUAAGAGAUGAUCCUUACUGGCAGUGGGGUAGCCAGACUAUAAUUUGGGGGGGGGGGAGCAUUUAUCGAACGCUGAAGGCGUAAGCCUUUUUAGGGGCGUCCGGGGGCAUUCUCCACCGGGAAAAUUUUGAAAUCUGGAGUCCCAAAAUGGCGAUUUCCCGUGUUUCUGGGGAGAGAUUUUGCAUAAUUCUGAAGAUUAUUUACCGCAGGAAAAACCUGAUUUUUAAUGAUUUCUCAAUAAUGUGGAUCCUUAAUUUGACUCAACGAAGCUUACUUGGUCGCGUGUAAAUAGUUAAAUCGAAGUUUUAAAACGCAUUUUAACCAAUAACCACCAUAGGCAUUAUUUUCUGUAGUUAGAUUUAGGAAAGAUUAGAACUUUUAUAGACAAUUUGGUGAACAGAUGAGAUUGGUAGUCACAUGGGUAGUCAUCGUCCCCCCCCCCUAAUUUCUACCCGGAUUUCAUCUUUUUACAAGGGCAGUCCUUCAGCCUAUUGGGGGGGCUGAGCCCCCCCUUGCCCCCCCUGUCUACACCACUGCUUACUGGACCUCUAGGAAGAACAGGAUAGAACUAACAGAGCUAUCCAAAACUUAGUUCUUAUUUUUGUCUCAACGUUUAGACAUAUAUGCAACCCCCGUUACACACCAACUCUUAUCGAUGUGACAAAUACGAUAUUAGGUAAGUGCAUUUGGAAACUGUUGAACAUUUCCCCAGAGACUGCCUGCUUACGCUUGAGUUAUGAGCAGAAACUGCCUAAUAUGCUUAAAUGAUUGCUUAGAAAAGUGACUAAUGAAAGAAAUUUGACGCGUAUUUUAAUUUCAGAUAUAUACGGGCGAGUGCUGGGACAAUCACCCAAAGUGGACGACAUGCUUGCAAAGUUGCAGUUAAAGAUUGCGUCUGAAUUAAAAUAUCAAAAACAAGCAUUUGAACUAAUGGGUUCUCUAGACACUAUUUUUGCCGUUUCAGCGUCGAGUCAUGACGUACAGUUAGUAGAGAACGGACUGUCGUAGCGUUAGAAUGGUCUGCAUGGCCUUUGUAGAGAUAUAUAUUUAUAUAAAUUAAUGUAAAAAAUUUUCAGCUUAAUGCAGCAGAUGGUGUCCAACGUGUUUCCUUGUUCUGAUGUUUAGCACUUUACAUAAUGUAUGCUUACAUCAUUUUAUGUUGUGCAUCACUUUAAUUUUACACUGCAAAAAAAUUUGAAUCAAAAAGACAAAAACUUGAGUAAAAUAUAUAAUGCACGCACAGUGACUCAAAACAUAUGAGCAAAAUUACUUAAAUUUAUGAGCAAAAGUAAAGUAUAAAUCUUUACUCCAAAAAGUAGGAAACUUUAGUAAAAAAAUUAGAGUAAUUUUAAAUUUGAGUAAAUUUACUGAAAAUUUUGAGUGACUAUGGGAGCUUUAUUUUGCGGUGAAGCUAGCUGAAAUACAACAAGGUAUGUUAUAAAAUAUAUUUUAAUGACAUUUACAGGCAGUUCAGCCACCAAAGAGGGCAGCUUACUGUAUAAUACUAUCUACACUGAUCCAAACAUAUGAAAUAGACUAAACUUAUUCUUCAAUUUAGACGAAAUUGACAUCAAUGGGCCACAUCGUCGUCGGUCAUCGUGUCAUUGUGCUUCACCUUGGUAUGUAUUGAAUUGAUUUCUUAAUAGCCGAUAAUGAUGUAUUAGAUAAAGUUAGAAAGUAGAGGUAAAGGUUUGCGUAAAGUAGAGGUAAAGUAGAGGUAAAGGCGUUCGUAUAUUUUGGUCAAACUGAGGUGUUUUUGGGUAGUAUUUAUGGUUUCAAAGAGUUCGUGGAAUAACCAUUCAUAGCAACGCUUGCAAUACUCGCACAAGUAUAAGUACUUCUAAGCCUAAGGUUCAUUAAUUUACCAGCUGAAAUGAAUAGGAUACAAUACAGAACAGUAUAAUUAAAUAUUCAUCAAACAGAACCGAAAUCCUAAACAGCUCCCCCGAUUACUGGCAAUAUUUGCAUCGUUUAUGAUAAUACCAAUCAGGAAUAUACUUCUCCUUGUAUCCUGAGCAGCCUAAACAGAGUCUAGUUGUUCCAGGUUGGCCUAACAAAUGAAAGCAGAUUUUUCUACAUUUCCUACACCUAUGAUGUAAUAAACUGGUCCCUCCUCGCACAUGCCCUCUGAUGUCGGGAUUGAUGUACUGCGGGCACCAAAGUACGAAUUUGAUUUCGCCGGAAGUGGAUCUGUCCACAUAUCUUGUGUGAUGUUGUUCCAUCUGCAGCAUUUCAUUCAAUUGCCUGUAUACUGCCUCUUUCCUGUGGGAUUUUCGGCUAUCUCUGCUAUUCCUGGGGUCCUUUGGAUGGCGCCUGUCUUCGCUUUUUGAACCGUAAUCCUUGUACAUGUAUUCCCUAUGUGGCCGAAUUUCGUAAUUUUUACUGUAGUCAUUUCGUUCCACACUUCCAUUCAUUUCUGUGUUCACUUCUUUGCUUUGAAAUUUUCUGCUAUCUGUGUUUUUCCUCAUAAACUGGCUUUUUUGCCUUGGACUGGGGUCUUUUGGACGGCUUCUAUCUGGACUUUUUAAACCAUAACCCUUAUCUGGCCGAAUUUCGUAGUUCCUACUGUAUUCGCGUUUAUUUCGUUCGACACUUCCAUUAAUUUCUACGGCUUCUUUGCUUUGUGGAUUUCUUCUAUUAUUAAAUCCGGUGCUUUCCUUUGUAGAAUAACUACCUUGACUUGAAAUAGCCUCCUUUAGAGCGCUUCUAUCACGCGUUUUUAAACCAAAAUCCUUGCUUUGUCUGCUUUCAUUGUGCUUGCUGGUGUCGACUUUAUAUUUUCGCUUCGUGCUUCCAUUCAUUUCUUCUGCCCGAGAAUUUUUGUACUCGAGGCUUUGCUCGUGGCAUUUAGAACUUCGUUUUAUCCCACUACUUCUUUCGGGCGAUAAAUUUCGCUCAUUUCUAUAGCUUUCCUUUCGCUUUGAUUUGCUUUCCAUUUCAGUACGGCGUUUAUAGUGAAGCGUCAAGCUGCUUCUUGGAAUAUAAAUACUUGGAGGACUACCGGUUACACCAUAUCGCGCAUGUCCGGGGAAUUCCCGAUUUUUCUUUCGCUUUGUUUUGCCAAAUAUUGCUUAGCUGAGCUGAUUCUACUUUAAAAAAUCUGGCAAUUUCCUCGGUAUAAUAUAUUUUGUCAUGAUAUUAAUGUUUAGAUAUGAGAGUGUUUAAAGCCUG